AUGGCCGAAACUGAGGACUACUUGCAAAUUACUCCGCCAGAAUUGUGGAGCCUUAACGGAUUUGCUGAUUGGUGUAUUUCAUGUGAAAGAUUCGAAAAUAACAAAAUGAAGAUUUUAGACUAUAUCAAAAAAGGAUUAGAGAAGAUAAUCGACAACACUACAUUUGAGGAAGACAUAAGGCAAAAGGCAUCUGAUUUACGCGAAGAAUUUCAGUCUUCAAAAACUACAACAGAAUACUUUCAGCGAGUUGCAAAUCGUUAUCAAACAGAACAACAACUAGAGCUUAUUGAAAACGAGAAAGCUAUUGAAUUGGCAAAAAUGGAAUGUAUCAAGGUCCAUCAUCAAAUAACUGAAAAUAUUGUAGAAUUUAGUCAAAAACAAAACAUAUCCAGUAAAAAUAUUACACUAGAAAGUGAAGAAAAACAAGAUGAGAACAGGAAACGUGGCGGUUAUGACUUGCAUGAGGAGAAAUCUAAAAGGAAUGCCGAGCAAGAAACGCCAAUCAAGCUUGAUUUAGAAAAGUUUGAAGAAGAAUACUUGAAAAUGAAGCCUGAUCACAUGUGGACACUAAGGAGUGGACGUAGAGUGGAAGAGGAAUGGAAAGAAAUUAACACCUCAGAAGUUGAUGAUAGGCUAGAACUUGAAUAUUCUCUUAAGGAAUUAUUAAAAAAAUACACAGUUGAUGAUGUUGAAAAAUUACGAGAAAUUCUUUUUGAACCAUUCAUACCAAAUGGAUAUAAAUAUGAUCGAAAAUUUCACUUUGAUCUGGAUUUUGUUAAUCGUGUUUACCGAGGAAUGCUACCCUUAUGGGAAGUAAAUGAAAAUCCUUUCGACUCUUUGAAAUUGGAAGGUUGGUAUGAGAUGAAUAUCUGGAGUCACCUUAUUGAUCCUGCCUUCUACAAUGUGAACAUCGAUUUAAUUCGUGGUGAAGGGAUGAGUCUUGCAUCGAGCGACAGGAAAAACGUUGAAAGAACGACAAGUGAUAGAAAGAAGGUUGGUCGAAAAGGAGAUGGAGUUUUUAGAUUACAUAAGGAUCGCUUAGAAUUCGGUGCUAUAGAGGCUGGACGCGACUGGGAAGGACAAUGUGGAUCAAAAAUUAUUACGGAUUCAUUAAAGAUAUGUAAAAUGUUAAAAGACAUGUUAAACCAGCUUGCAAUUGAGUGUAACAUGAAGGAAAACCAUGUGAGAAAAUUACGUGUAGUAGGGAUGCUUCAGAGUGGGAAUAGAAUGCAGGUCAUCACGGCUGACCUCUCCAAGGGGUAUGUCACCCGAAUUCGAAGAAGAAAAGUCUGUGAAGUUUCAGCCCAUUUAACAAAAUCUAAACCUCUUGCACUAGUUUUAAAAGAAAUAUUUUACGUGAAAAAUAUUAUAUUGCGAACAUUUGAUAUUAUAAAUCGUAAAGAUGAUAUUGACAUUGAAACCUUUCUCGAUAAUUCUGAUGAAGAGGGAUAUCGCACACCUCCUAGAAAGAUUACGUCCAACACAUUUGUAACCCCAACUACAGAGCGCACCAAAGAUGUGGUUAAUGGGAAAAUUUGUAAGAAGAAAGAUUAA